AUGCUACUGAGCCGAACUCGACAAGUCCUCCUACCCCUUGCCUCGUCUUCUGCCCUCCUCUCCUUCGCCCCCACUCGCAACAUGUCCUCGUCGUCCUCGCCCUUUCCGGCGUACCUGCUACAUGCGCCAUUCCUCGCAGUACAGCCGCCGAACCCCGCCGACGGAUCGAGCGCCCCCGGACAGCUCCUCCAACGAACUCUUCCUCCCGCUCCGCUCUAUUACACCCAUCCUGCGCCCAAAAACCCGCCAGGUACAGCUCCUCCCGUCGUCUCCCUCACACCCACCGAUCCUAUACAGGGUCGCAUCUCGACAGUCUACCGAGCGACGGCACCGACGGGCGAGAAACUCGUUCUCAAGUAUGGAACGGACUUGCUCGCCCUGAUGCGAGAGGCAGAGGAGGUCUACGUCAACUUGCCGGCCGGCGGGUUGCCCAUUCCGACGUUCUGGGGAAUCUUCGAGGGCAAGGUGUUGGAGGAGCAGACCAAGUCGCUCGUCAUGGUCAUGGAAGACUGCGGCGAGCCGGUCCAGGGCGGUUUCGAGGCGCUGACUCGGGCAGAGCGACAAAAGCUCUUUGACGCCCUCGACACCUUCCACUCGAUCCACUUCCAGCACGGCUCCUUCUCCCCCUCCUCCAUCGUCGCUCGACCCGCCUCCACGCCUUCUGAAACCGUCUCGCCCUUAUCCGCCACGACGGAAGCGCCCGCUCGGAAACUCACGAUUGUCGGGUUCUCGCAGGCCGAGUGGCAUCUGUGUCCUGGGGUGGACAGCUGCAAUGAGCUGGUCGAGGCGAGGAGGGUGCUGAAGCUGGACGAGCCAGUGGAGGUGUAG